AUGCCUUCUUCAACAAGGCCGCUUUCGCCUGAAUUUCAGUCUCCGGUAUCCAAGAAGCGACGUGUGUCUUGGGAGGAUGAUUCCAUAUUUGCAUAUCCUAUUCUUCCGGACGACUGCGUCAACAAAGAACAUGGUGCUGUUCAACCAGUGGGCUCAGUGGAAGAGCUACGACACAUGCACCUUGUGCGCACCACGGACUCCGUCGAGUGGGGCGAUGCAUCAGUUGCAGCGAAGCGUGCCUUGAUUGAACCCAAAGUGACCAGCUCCAACAAAGAAUUACUACGGACUUACCACCCGUCUCUGAGCUGUCUUCCCACAGUAUACCUCGCAGAAGAGAGUAAAGACAAGUGGAUCUGGGUGAUAUCACCAGACCCUGAUACAGCCGAGUCCAUCAGCACCCAUGCCGGCGAUCUUGAGAUCCACCUGGCACCAGGUGGAUUGAUAGAACAGACCACGACGAAAUGGCCGAAGUUACAACCGGACCCUAUUAUUGGCACACUAACACCACGGAAGUUUUUUUCUCGGGGCCAUCUUCAACGGUUACGAGAGAUGUUCCCGACAUCGAUCGGUGCAAGAGUUUUUAUAAGUGGUUAUAUUGUGAUUCUUUUCAAGAGCCGCACUGAUGUCGAGGAAUCUUGGCUGCAUGAUGGACUGGCAGAUACAUUUGGUGCCCUAAGACUCAGAUAUGACAUACUUGAGGACAGCCCGACACAGAAAGCUAUUGCAAGAGGCGCAGCAAUUGCUGCUAAACCGGACUGUGUGGAGGCAUAUACUGCGCUAGGGCUGAAGCUCCGUUUUCCAGAGGGCCAAGAGGCGAUAACGGUGCCGACGCAUGCAUUUGUCGGCCUUCGUGGAAUCCGUACAUCUGCUCUCCGCCGAAUUGCCGACUUAUAUUAUCUUUUCAAGCAAAAGUUGGCGCGAUAUUCACCUAUCCAAAGAGGAUUGUCUUUACCAGCAAUUGGAUCCGCUUGGCGCCAGCCAAUAGGCAACUCGCCUCUUGGCAAGCAAGUUUUUCUCGCCGGUGGAUCAGAAGAGGCGCGUACCAACGAUAAGUGUGCGCCGCCCCCCCCGGUCGACCGGAGCAUGAUCGCCGCCCCGCCCGCACAGAUCGACGAGAUGAUCACCGCGACAGCCGUCGCGAUAACCGUCAAGUCGACCGUGCCGGCCGAGGUGACCGGUUCAAUCGCCUUCAUUGGGACUCCGCCAGACAGGCCGAUAAAAAGCAGCGCUAAAGAGGGAACGACUAUCAGCGUAAAUACCCAGUCGAAUACAGCGACAACGAAUCAAAGGUAUCCUCAGGUAGCCAGGACAAGGACGAGUCCGAAUCCUCCGACGCUUCGUCGCCAAUGGGUUGGCGGGAGCACCUUCACCCAGUAA